AUGUCGGUGGUCAACGUGACAAACAUUCGGCUGGGGAACAACCCGUCGCCGAUCUGUGCGCCGUUCGUCUUUGAAAUUUGCUUCGAGGCACUGACCCCACUGAAGGAAGACAUCGAGUGGCGAGUCGUCUACGUGGGCUCUGCGGAGUGCGACAAGAAGGCGCGAAAAAGCAAAAAGGAAGACAGAAACGCGGCCGUGUCUUCCAGUCAGGGCGACGCGAACCUCGCAGGGGAAGAGCGAAGACGAGCGGACGGCGACAUGGAAGUCGAGGAGGAAGACAGCGCGAAAAGAAAAAAGGAAGAAGGCGGCGACUACCUCCUCGACUCUGUCAUGCUCGGGCCUAUUGAACGCGGUGUCCUCGCCUUUGAAUUCGCCGUCAAUGCUCCAGACUACACCAAAGUCCGCAGGCACUGUUCUUCCUCUCCUUCCCCUUUGUUUCACUUCCACUCAUGUCCUUUCCGUUUGUGCUUUCUUUUAUCUUGCGCGUCUUCUUGGGCUUUCUGUGGGGACACAGGGAGGCGGGAAACAUCCGAUUCUGUGGGGCAGUGA